UCGCGUUCGGCUGCCGACCCGCUCGAUUUUUGAAUUCAUUUUUUGGCCUGGCCCACUGAAAAAAAGAAGAGAAAAAACCAAUCGAAAACAAAGCCUCAUUGCGCCCCAUUAGGCAAAUGCUAAAUUAGUCCGUUGUGUAAAGGUGUAAAGCAUUAUUUUGUAGAAAUUCGCCAGCCGCAACAAACACCAUUUGCUUGUGUCCCAAUUAUUUGGCCAAAGUACCGCGGAGUUUUGUAAAAAUAUUUCUGGAAAAUCUUCCCCAAAGUGCAGUGAUUGUGUUUGUGUGCUCGUAUCGUUUGUAGAACGGUAACAGGUAAAACAACAUCAACAAUCCGAAUCCGAACGAGCGGCCGAUGUCGGUGAAUAUAACCAAAAUGAAGUUAAAGUCGCUCCCGAGCUGCAUACAAAUGCUGCUGUAAAUAAGUCUAAACAAACACUUGCAUUUGUUGAUGACAGCGUGGAAAAAGCUUUCAAGAACUGGAGGACUCCCAAUCCCUUGGCCUGGACUAAACGAAAGUAAAUUGAAAUUUCAGCACGUUCUCGGCUCCGGACCAGUGCACAUCCAUCGAGCGGCAGCCGGGUUUUGCAUGCUGGCCGGGCAGAUAGCCCCGGCGUGAGCACACACAUCGGGCUGGAAAAGAUAUAGCCAUCGAGUCAGCCAGCCAGACAGCCAACGAGCCAACCAGCCAUCCAGCUGCAUCGAAUAUAUCUCGGCCAAAUGUACGCCGGUCGGGCGACACAAUUUGCCAAAACCAUCAGCAGCAUGGCGUGCAGCAUACAGAAGCAACCUCAGGCGCCGCAAUCAGUGGAUCCUGGCACUGCAGGAGUGGAUCGAGUGGGUGGAGCAGGCGGUGGACCCAGUGGAGCUGGCACCGUUCCCUCCACGCCGAAAGCCAAGACCGCCCAGCCGAGGGGUUCCCUGCCAACGGAUGUGAACCAGCCACCGUUGGAAUUUCAGUGGCCACCGCCCGUUCCCGUUUCGAUACACACGAGCAACUUGCGUCUGAACAUGAUGAACCAGGAUCCCAAGGACCUCCAUACAGCAAGAGCCAUUAUCGAGGAGCUGCGCUCCAAGGUGCGCUUUCAGACGGAGCACAUCAUGAAGUGGCGCAAGGCGUAUGCCAUGCAGGUCCAGCAGCACUAUCGUUACCAGAAGGAGAAAUCCGAUCAAAUGAACUCGUUGACCUCGCAGCUCUUGCUCCUGGAAUCCCGACUGAAGCGGAAGCAGAAGCAGAUAGCGAGUCUAUUGAACCAUCGGGAGUUGACCAUCCAGCGUCAGCAGAAGAUUAUCGACACACUGUCCUCCCGGCUGGUGGAUCACGGGCUGGAGACCAUUGAAGCUAGCUAUGCCAACGAGCUGGACUCCCUGAACGACUCGGAUUCGGCGGUGGUGCUGGAGGACAUCGACUCGGACAGCCCGAUGACAUUGGGCACGCGACGGAAGAGUAGUGGCGCUGGCGGAUUGGGCGGCGUGCUGGGCAGCGAUGGCAUCACCAUAGUGCGGUCCAUAUCCGAUGCAAUCGAGACGAAUCACAACAAGUACGGAGCGGCACGGCGGAACAACUGCUUCCUGCGGCGUCCCGAUAUCCUGGAAACGGUUUACUCCGUCGAGGAGGAUCCCGAACCCACCACGGACGUGGCAGAGAAGCGGGACAAGUUCAAGAACCGCUCCGACAAGGCUCUCAGCUCCAGCUCGACCGAGGGCCAGAUAGACGCCGCCAGUCCCUCGACCGCGGACAAAGCCAAAGAUUCAUCGCCCGUCGACGGCGGAUCCACCAUUCCAAGACGCCAACUGGGAGCCCUCAAAAGAUCUCCCAGCCACGACUCUCCGUGCACAACACUCAGUGUCAAGGUCCCCCAGCUGCAGCCACCAUCUCCUCCACCAUCGACACAAGGAGUCCAGGAUCCGCCCAACGGAAAAACACAGGUCACCAACUACAACCGGGUCAUGCUCAACCAUCGCUCGGUGACCAAGCCCAAGGACGUCAAGUACAAGCGCAUCAACAAGGCGAAGUCCAAGAGUCUGGAGGAGCUGCGAGGACGCCUCAAGAACCUGGUGGAGCGGCCUUCUGGCCUGGACGGCGGCUACUCCGGCGGCAUGAUGCCGCAGGCGGCCCAGUCAUAUGCGUGACAUUCGCAGCAGCCGGACGGAGAGUCCCAGAGGUCAACGGAGGGGGUGAAGAACGGCCAGCCGGAGGCGGCGAUGGAACCUCGUCCGCGCAGGGAGAGCGCGGAGGCAACGACCUCGACGUCGGCCGCGACCUCGACCUCGACAUCGAUCUCCGCCCCCCAGGACCCGCAGGGCAGCAGACACGGCUUUCCCAAGAGGUCGCUGACCUUGCCGCGCAUCCUGGUGCCCCGGCAAUCGGCAGCGGGACUCGCGGGCUCGAGCGGCGGUGGGCGUGGCGGCUUCUAGCAAUUAAAGAAAUUUUUCAUACGCAAUUGUGAUAAAAAGUAAACACGUUUUCUUCCUCCGUCUCUGUAGUGCCGACUUCAGUUGCUUUAACAUGAUUCUCUUUUGUAACAUUUGUUUCCUUGACAUUUAUCCUGCGCCUAGUUUGGUAAACUAUGCAUUUACUUAAGUUAAGCUUAAGUUUUACAAAAACGGAACUGCAUUUUGACUUAACAUUACACAUAGUUUCUCACAAAAAAAAUAAAUCAUUUUUAAAACUUA